UUCUGUGUAAGUCCAAGAUGCUUUGAUAGUUUGGUGCUUUAUUCACAUUCCCCCAGAGAGUAUUGUAUCAAGAGAUACUGUUGCUACAUCUGUGUGUCAUGAAAUUCAUCUAUAAGACCAGCACUUGAGUGCCCACUCCCAGGCAGGAGAAUUAAGGCUACCUUCAAAGAUAUUAGUAUACAUAGUAUUAUAUAAUAUAAUUUGAUGUAAUUUAUUUAACCCAGGAUAGACCCAACCUUUCAGUUUUUCCUCAGUGUCUCCUACAAGACAUUCAGUGCUAAGAUUCUGAGUGUCCUCUGUUUGAUGGAUGGUUGACCUGUGAUCUAGUCUGACAAUUCGAGGAUCCCAAUCCCAGCAAAGGAUCUGGAGCUUAGGCCAAGCCUGGAGGAGUGUGUCCAGCUCCAAAAUCCUUGCAAAGCUGGGUGUGCUUCAGGCAGUGCUAUUUUUUUUUUUUUAACUUUAGGUAUUGGGGAGUGUAGAUAGAGUAUCCUGCGCUUCGGCAAGCGCUUUCAUCGAGUUAUUUCAAGAUAGAAUCUUAAAGUAAUUGUCACGCAGACCCUCCUGCCCCAGAUCUCAAGCCUGCACAUUAGCCCGUCAUGAACCUGAAUUUCGAGGCACGGUUGGGAUCGUUUCCGUGGCACCGAGACGCGCUGUCCUCAAGCUGAUGUUCCCAGCCAGACACUAGCCGGGCAAAUAGGGGUCCAGGUGGCCGCUCGGCUGCAAGCGCCGAUUGGUCAGGCCAGCCAGGCCCCGCCCCUGAGGCGCGGCGGCCAAUGAGCGCGCAGAGGACUGGCGGGCGAGCUCGCGGGCGGCAGCGGAGUUUUUCCGACGCCGCGGCCUGGGCAGCUGAGUCUGGAACGACGUGCGACGCGCGGCUCUCCUCAGAGCCAUGUCUAGGCGGGAACCCGCAGCCAACGCUUCCUCCUCGGGCGUUGCUCCCCGGCGAAGCUCGACCCGGUCCCGGGGCGCCGACCGGACGGCAACGGAGGAGACGAACCGGAGAGGCCGGGUCGGUAGCAGGGGUGCGGGCGGCGGCUGGAGAGAGCCCGCCGGGGCCGCCGAGGCUACGGCCGCGGGCCGCCGCGAACCGCCGCUCUGCUUCGGGGUGAAGAACGAUGUGGUGGGCGCGGUGAUAGGUCGUGGUGGGUCAAAAAUUAGAGAAAUCCAAAAUACAACGAACACUAGGAUACAGGUAAUAAAAGGAAAUCCUGAGGCAGAAAUCAAAAUUUUUGGUAAUAAAGCCAUGCAAACAAAAGCAAAAACAGUGAUAGAUAAUGUUGUUAAAAAACAACAAAAUUACAUUCCAGGACAAAGAGUUGGUAUUAUUGCAUUCCAACCUACCGUUGGAGCAGAUACCAGCACAAGUGAGAGUGUAACAGACGAUCAGCCAUUGAUAGAUUGGGAUCAAAUUCGAGAAGAUGCUUUGAAAUGGGAAAAGAAAAAGUGGGCAGAUUUACCUCCAAUUAAGAAAAACUUUUACAUAGAGUCAGCAACGACAAGCUCAAUGUCACAAGUGCAAAUAGACAACUGGAGGAAAGAAAAUUUUAAUAUAACAUGUGAUGACUUGAAAGAUGGUGAGAAGCGUCCUAUCCCCAACCCUAUAUGUAAAUUUGAAGAUGCCUUUCAAAGUUACCCAGCAGUUAUGGAAAACAUUAAAAGAGCAGGCUUUCAAAAACCUACACCGAUUCAGUCACAGGCAUGGCCAAUAGUUCUGCAAGGAAUAGAUCUUAUUGGAGUAGCACAAACUGGAACAGGGAAGACACUGUCCUACUUAAUGCCUGGAUUUAUUCAUCUAGACUCUCAACCACUAGCUAGAGAACAAAGAAAUGGGCCUGGCAUGUUAGUUCUUACGCCCACCCGGGAAUUAGCCCUUCAAGUAGAAGCUGAAUGUUCUAAAUAUUCAUAUGGUGAUCUUAAAAGUGUUUGUGUAUAUGGUGGUGGUGAUAGAGAUGGACAAAUACAAGAUGUUUCAAAAGGUGUAGACAUCAUUAUUGCAACUCCUGGAAGAUUGAAUGACCUACAAAUGAAUAACUUUGUCAAUCUGAAAAGUGUAACCUAUUUGGUUUUAGAUGAAGCAGACAAGAUGCUGGACAUGGGAUUUGAACCCCAGAUAAUGAAGAUUUUGUUAGAUGUACGCCCAGACCGGCAGACUAUUAUGACAAGCGCUACUUGGCCAUAUGCCGUCCGCCGUCUUGCACAAUCUUAUUUGAAAGAACCAAUGAUUGUCUAUGUUGGUACUUUGGAUCUAGUUGCUGUAAGUACAGUGAAACAAAAUAUAAUCAUUACCACAGAAGAAGAGAAACGAACUCAUAUCCAGACCUUCCUCGAGAAUAUGUCACCUAAAGACAAAGUCAUUGUCUUUGUCAGCAGAAAAGCCGUUGCUGAUCACUUAUCAAGUGAUCUGAUUCUCCGACACAUAUCAGUGGAGUCUCUGCACGGCAACAGAGAACAGAGCGACCGAGAGAAAGCGUUAGAGAACUUUAAGACAGGUAAAGUGAGAAUACUUAUUGCUACUGACUUGGCAUCUCGAGGUCUUGAUGUCCAUGAUAUCACUCAUGUCUACAAUUAUGAUUUUCCACGGAACAUUGAAGAAUACGUACACAGAGUAGGGCGCACUGGGAGAGCAGGGCGCACUGGAAUGUCAAUUACCCUUAUCACAAGAAAUGAUUGGAGGGUUGCCACUGAAUUGAUUAAUAUUCUAGAAAGAGCAAAUCAGAAUAUCCCAGAGGAACUUGUCUUAAUGGCUGAGAGAUACAAAGCAAAUAAACUAAAAAGGGAGAUGGAAAAAAAAGUGGGAAGACCUCCAGGAAAGCCCCAGAAGUUUUACUAAUGUUGCAUGGAGCACUAGGUGCCACAGGAUUCAAGAUUGUAGUCAAAGUGGAAUUGUUUAAACAUACAUCAAUAUGAAGAGACUUGGCUGAUUCUUAAAAUAAUAGUGUGUUAAAAUGUAGAAUUCAAUGUUUUAUACUUUCUUUAAUAAAACAGUAGUUUUUAA